GAUUGCACAACCUUGUCCCAGCUCCACCCGGACGCGACUCCCCCCGUCCCUUCCCAGCUCCAGCCCCAAGGCGGCGGGGAGAUCAAUCCCCCGAACCCUGGGCUGGGCUCCGCCGGUCCCAGCCCCUCGGAGGCGGAAAUCCCCGGUGGGGGAGGCGUGGGAGGGGAAGGGGAAUGGCCUAACCCGGACCAGCCGGCUGGGCACAGAGCGGUUCAGACAGCUGCACGAUGGAGCGGCGGGGCUAUGGAUUUCUGUUACUGUCCCUUCACAUUCUGAGAGCUGUUACUGCACUGGAGAAGAUCGUCAGUAGGCCUGGGGACAAUGCUACACUGAGUUGCAUUUAUUCAGGAAGAGAAUUCAGUUUAAAUAGUCUGCGAGUAUACUGGCAAAUAGCUGAUGAUGAAGAUGAAGAGCCGUGUUCAGUAGUGCAUGCACUGAUCUCUGGUCAAGACAAUGAAAGUCUGCAGUGCAGUCAAUUUAAAAACAGGACUCAGUUAUUAUGGGAUAAACUAGGAGACGGCAAUUUUUCUCUACUACUAUUUAAUGUCAGACAGAGCGAUGAGCAUACAUACCAAUGUGUAGUGAUGCAGACAACUGAAUAUACAAAAGUGAUUCACCAGGAACAGGUGGUUCUCAGCCUAGCAGCUAGCUACAGCCAACCAAUACUCAGUGGGCCAAUAAGAAACAGUUACAGCACUGGAGAAGAGGUGACUUUCAGCUGCAGAUCUGACAAUGGGUACCCUGAACCAAAUGUUUAUUGGAUAAAUAGAACAGACAACACACACCUGUCUUGGUCAGAUGUUAAUAUCACCCAACAUCCCGACGGCACUUACAGUGUUUUGAGCACACUGAAGGUUAAAGCAACUUCGGAUAUGCAAAUAGAGUGCUUCAUAGAAAAUAAAAUACUGCAGGAAAACACAUCAGCCAACUACACAGAGGAGAUGCGAAGCAAUGAUUCUAGCACAGGAAGUCACAAAGACCCAGCAAAAAGCAGACACGGUGCUCAAGCAGCUGCAAUUGUGUCAGUUGUCAUUCUGAUGGCUUUUCUGGCUGUGUUAGUCUGCUGGCUGCGGAGACGGAGGUCCUCUCAACUAGUGUCAUACACAGCACCCAUCUAAAGGGAACAUCUGCCAACAACUUGGGCAGCUGAAGGUGCAUCAAGAGGAGCAUCACCCCUUGCCUCAGCAGCAGCACUGCUUGUAAUACAAGCGACAGAUUUCUGCAGAGUGUGCCAAGAUUGAUGGCAAAAAGCUUCUCCAACAGAAGGAAAACCAAAAUCCAUUGGAUUUCUGUUCUGACUAGGAGUUGCGUCUCAACACCUGCUAACUGCUUUGGAUGGUUUUCAGUGAUAGCCUGUCAGUGCUUUGAGCUCUUACACUGGGGGAGAGCAGCGAGCCUGGCACUUAGUUACUCUGUUCCAGAGUCUCUUGUCAUCAUCACUGAGGAAUUUGUUUUGAGCACAAAUGGCCCUGUUUCAGGAGCAUGGGAAGUUCUGUUUCCUUCCCCUUACCCUCUGACAGUGACUACUGAAUGUGAAGAGACAGCUAAAAAUGAGGAGGAAAAGAAAACUGAAGGAUUUUCUACAAAGUGAGUUAUAUGACUUUUCCCACUUUUCUCUGUCUACAGCACAUUCUGCCAUCAUCUGGUUUCACCAGCUAUGUGUUACUAUGUACAGAAUGAGCUAGACUAUCUUGACCUGGUCCUAACGAAAUAGGUGUUGCCAUGACCAGGUUAAACAGUGAAUGUAUGAACCAAAAUAAACUUCCUUUAAAAGGUACUUGGUAUUAAAGUUUUAUUCUUUACUGAAUAUUCUACCAAAAAGGAGACUUCAACUUUCAACAGAAGCUGUUGCUUACUGCAUAAAAGAGCAGUCUGUGGAAAUCAGCUUAAAAAUAGCGUUCUAACGUUGAUGUCAGGUUACCUCGACGUCCCUCUUCCUGGAUGAAACAGAAAUCUAUGUUCAGGCUCUGUUUAAUUCAGCUUGUCUUUAUUAAGGCCAUCAGCACCCAGGGAGAGUUUUGAAUUUUUUAUUUAUUUAUUUAUUUUUAAGAGCACCUCUUCUUGUCUCAUACCUUCACCAAAGAAAAAGGAGCGCAAAGCGAUCAGUAUGUUAACUAUGAAUGUUCUUGACACGUUGAUGGCUAAAGGAAAGAAAGGGAAGGAAAGUCAAGAAUUGCAUUUUCUUCCAUGUACCAUCAUCUGGGCCUUGCUGGUUCAGCCCUGAGCAAAGCCAAGAGCAAACAGAUGAAGAUAGCAAACAAAUGUGGUUGAUAGCCUAAGAUUUUGGAGGAGAAUAAACUAAUAUCAGUUCUCUUCUGCUGGGGUGGGUGUUGGUAAUGAUUUUAAUACUGAGUCCUGGAAAAACUCCUGCACCAGUUGCUAGACUGAAGUUCUAUAAUUUUUGUGAGUUAGUCACGACCUUGUUUGUCCCAACUCCACAUGGAGAAGGCUCUCCAGUGUCAACCAUGAGUUAGGAAGUUUUGUUUGUUUUAAAAUCAAGAUCAGCUUUCAAGUCCUAGUGAAGCGAAAAUAAAUUGUUAUCUUUUUCUUCCUUCUCACAACCAUUUUGUGACACUGCUGUUGAAAUAAUACCCUUACGUGGGCUAAGAGUUUGCUAACUGCAUGCAACCAGUGUCAAUAUUUUUUGGGAGUCUCACAGGCUCAGUCUUCAUGACAUUCAAGAGAAGGAACAGUACAGCUCUCACUUGAAGUCUGGGCUCACUCCUCAAUUUGAGUAGAAUAGAGAAAUAAAAAAAUUCAAGCUGCAACUAAGUAAUUAAGCUCAUGUCUUGUUUAGGCUGCAAGUAACUGUGUACAGUAGUGUUUUAAAGACAUUUUACCUAUUGUGUUAGAAAAGCAUUGUGUAUUUGUUAACUUUUAAUGUCUGUGAAAGCUAUUUUAUUUAUUAAUGCCACUUUUGCCAUGUGUUGCCUUCCAAUUUACAACCACAAUAUUUCUUAUCAGGUAGCACAUUUAGCUCACAUUUUGUGUCAGAUUAAGUAACUUACAGCAUCUCAGUAAUUUUAAGUGUCUACUUUUCGUUGUCUCUCCCUUGUCCAUUAAUCUAAGUGUUUGAUAUCUUCUGAGCCCAUAUCUAGUCUUCAGGCAAAUUCCAUUCAGUGUUUGCUGAAGACAGAAUGCAAGCUCACAGACACUUUUAAAACAUACCUACCACCUGCGCAGAUGUGAAGGGCAACCAUUUCCUGGUGGUUCAGUGAGUCAUUUUCUCACUCUCUGUCCUGUGAAGUUGUUUUGUGUAACCUCUUCAGCGUCAC